AUGGGAAAAUCUAGUAAAGAUAAGAGAGAUAUUUAUUAUCGACUUGCUAAGGAAGAAGGUUGGAGAGCAAGAUCCGCUUUUAAAUUGAUUCAAUUGGAUGAAGAAUUUGGUCUUUUAAUGGGUGUCAAAAGAGUUAUAGAUUUAUGUGCAGCUCCUGGAUCAUGGUCGCAAGUUCUUUCUAAGAAAUUGAUAGAAAAUACGGAUUCUUGUGAAAAACCAACUAUUGUUGCAGUAGAUCUGCAGCCAAUCAUGCCUAUUGAAGGCGUAAGAACUCUUCAGGCAGAUAUUACGCAUUCUGAUACACUUUGCAAAAUCUUAGAAAUCUUUGGUAAUAAGCCUGCAGAUUUAGUUAUUUGUGAUGGUGCACCAGAUGUGACGGGUUUACAUGAUCUUGACGAAUAUAUUCAGGGACAACUUCUAUUGUCUGCUUUAAAUCUAACUAUAUCUGUACUUCGGCCUGGUGGAAAUUUUGUUGCAAAGAUAUUUCGUGGAAAAGAUAUUAGUUUUUUAUAUGCCCAGUUAGGGUGUUUUUUCGAAAAAAUAACAUGUGCAAAGCCUCGUAGUAGUAGAGGAAGUUCUAUUGAAGCAUUUAUAGUAUGCCAGAAUUUUUCUUUGCCUGAUAAUUAUAAACCAGAUAUUUCAACACCCAUUUCUCUAAGAGAUGAUUUGGACACAAACAGUAUUGUUCCCUUUGUAGCAUGUGGAGAUUUAAGUGCAUAUGAUUCAGAAGCAACAUAUUUUUCUGAUAAUGAUAAAAACUAUAAAAGUCUAGAUCCUGUGCAAUCUCCUAUUGCACCUCCUUAUAAGAAAGCCAUUGAAAUGAAAAGAAAAGGUGAAUUACAAUAUAUAUAA